AGCUUUCUUAAAAGGACAAUGGAGAAGCAGGAAGGUGACGUCACGCAGCCAUGCUAAUGAGCUCGAUUCAAGAGAAUAAGAGCGUGGGAAAGGCGCCUGCGCACUAGACACUCGUGAGAGGUGACCCGGGAGAGUUUUAGAGAUUUUUUUUUUUCUGCAACACCCCCUCGUGUACGGGACACCGGAGACAAGUUGAGAUUGAUUCAGUUGAAAAAUGAUUGGAUUUUAUAAGCCAAAAACUUACAGGAGCUCCAGAGGCUGCUGUAUCUGCAAAGCCAAAUCUUCCAGCAGUCGCUUUACAGACAGCAUCCGAUAUGAGGGCGACUUUCAGACCUGUUUUGGAUUGCAUGAAAGACGCACAGGGGAUAUCUGCAACGCCUGCGUGCUUUUGGUGAAGAGAUGGAAAAAGCUUCCAUCUGACUCAAAAAAGAACUGGAAUCAUGUAGUAGAUGCUCGUGGGGGACCGAACUUGAAAGCGCUGCGAAUCAGACCCAAAGCAAUUAGGCGUUUGGCUGCUAGAAGGAACCAAAUUGAUAAAAACCUUUCAGGCCAUUAUUCUGGUGCGCACAGUACAGCUUCUAGUGCUUCACCGACACAUUCCUCAUCCUGCAGUAACCACUCCGACACAGACACGGAUGUAGAAAUAAGAAGAACCGCACCAAGCCGGGGCUCCUCCUCCUUCUCCUUUUUGGAUCCAACCUACUGGAAAAGGCAAAAGGUUUGCUGUGGAAUAAUUUACGAAGGACGCUAUGGUGAAAUCCUCAUCGAUGCUCAGCAGUACAAGCCUUGUUGCAGCAAUAAAAAGACAGAGGUGACCACAACCAGUUGAGGAGACCCAGUGGGCACUUGACAAAGAACUUCUCCCUCUUUUUUAUUUUUUAAGCCCCACUUUUUUUUAUAUACGUAUAAUAUUAUUUUUUCUUUUUUUAUGACCGUUUUAUGUAGAUAUGAAGAUAUUUAACAAUCUAGAUGAUGUAUAUGAAUUAGUUGGGCUCAUGCCACCUUUUUUGAAAGUUUGCAAGAACUUGCAGAAUUUUUAUUUUAUUUUGCACGUCGGUUCAGAAAUAUGAAAUGCAACUUGUGUACAUACAUGGUAAAUUUAUGCAUAUUUACUUUUUAUAUAUACAGUGUUUGUGGUGGGGUUUUUUUUCUUUUUCACUUUCAACGAAAACUGGUACAGAUUUGGCUGGGGUAAACCCCCACCCUUUCACCCCCUUCCACAAUGCUGUCAAGGGAGAAGGGAUGUGACAUCAUAGUUUGACUUGUAAAGGUUGUUGCGUGGAUACCAGCAGUUCUGGUGCACAUAGCUUGACUGUAGGAAAGCUUGUGUUUUGAUUCAGUUUGGUGUUAGUUGGGCUAAACUGAGGUACGUUUUCGGCACAGUUGACUAGACUAAAGGAGGAUUUGCCACUCUUCCUUUUGGAUUAUACCACAGAUUUUCUGGUAUGGGAAGACUGCCAAGGAAUUUUUUCUUAAGAGACUUUAUAGAUUUGGAUGCAGUUACGGGUUAGUGCUGGACCAUGCAGGAAAGCUUAUGGACGUGACUUGCCCAUGGGCACCUACACUUUUUUUGUUCAUUAACCUCUCAGGUUGGCUUCUCAGUGCCUUGCCUCCCUGGAUUUUGCCACUAUGCAGUCUUGAACUUACCAGCUAUCCAUGCUGUCUUUUGCCACUUUCGUAUUUUUUUUAUAUUUAGGACUUCAUGUACAUUUUGCCUCAGUGUUAAAAGCUAAAAUGAUCUACAAUUGGUUCUUUUUACCUUUAUGGCAUCAAAAAGCCAAUCGGUUUUUAAUUUGAUGUCUUCAGUCCUUGUUGGACACAGAAGUAAUUGGAUUUGCUUUUGUGGUGGAAAAGCUUUAUGGAGCUAAAGAACCAGAUUCUUCAUGCAUAGGAAAGAUGACCUAUGGAUCCAUCAGAUUCUGCAAAGAUCAACUCCUUCCUCACCAAUGGCUGGGGAAAUGUUACUUGUGUUAAGCUAAAAGGCAAUGCUGUCUGAAUUUUUUAUUUUUGUUAAAUUUUUUCCAGGGAGAAUCCUUUUUUAUUAUUGGUUUUGUUAGCAAAUGCUGUAUAAAGGGAAUAUAUAAAGUGUUUUUUUUUUUUUUUUUUUUUGUACCAUUUUGACUUUUAUUUACAAUUGUAAGAUAAUGUCAUAUAAUUCAUAUUUAUGUGACCAGAAAAUAAACUGCCUCUGCCUUCCAUUGACCUGGAACAAGUAUGCAAAGUAGUAGUUCUGAUGUGCCCGAUCUGCAUUCUUUUUUCAGCUGGUAACGAAGCAUAGGAUGGCGAGACUGCCAGGCAACUAGCUUUUUUUUUUAGAUCAACAAUGGCAGCCUACAUAUUUCUGUAGGUAUAGGUCACCUUUUAAGGCAAGGGCUAUGGGUGAUUAAAUCUAUUUGCUGCUGAGAGAUUGAAUGAUUUGUUGGAUGUCAUUUUACUAGCAGAAUACUGCAGGGAGUGCAUUUUUUAGAAGGUAGAUUGAAAGACCCUAGGUGUCAUUCUACCCAGAAGAGGUAUUGUGCUUUCAGAAGCAGACUGAUCAAGGCUAAUGCCUAAUCUGCACUGGCAAUGUUUACUAGUUCACAACUAAAAUCACUUAAAGUGUUACUAAACCCAGGACUCUGCAUUCACUAUAU